CAUAUUUUGGUUGUCCACCUCGUGGUUUGCCCGUUGAUUUGUUUUGGAGUCGGUUUCCUGCGAUGUCUCAGGAGUUUCAUUAAUUAUGGAGUUCAGUGAAUACGAGACAGCAGAUGCCCCUCGCUACAGUUUGCAAGAGGAGGAGGAGGAAGAGGAUGAACGAGAAUGGUGUUGUACAGUUGACGACAUUGACAGUAGCCCUGGGUCUCCUGCCUCUGCAGCAAGCGGCGAAUUGACAGGUAAUAGCAACAAAUAUUCUAUCCAAGACACCGAUAUCCCAGGAUUCAGGGUGAUUGUGCACAUUGAUCUGGAUUGCUUCUACGCUCAGGUGGAGAUGAUCCGAAACCCUGAAUUUAAAGGCAAGCCUUUAGCCGUUCAUCAGAAACAUAUGGUGGUCACUUGUAACUACGAAGCCAGGGAGUGCGGGGUUAAUAAGGUGAUGACAGUUUUUGAAGCCUUAGACAUGUGCCCAGAAAUGAUUCUUAUCUGUGGAGAAGAUUUGACACCCUACAGAGAAAUUUCAUAUCAAAUCACAGAAUUAUUGGAGGAGUUCAGUCCGUUCGUGGAGAGGCUGGGCUCUGAUGAGAAUUUUGUCGAUGUAAGUAAACUGGUAGAGAAGAGACUGCAGCAGAUAGGACCUGGUGGUGUUGUCCCAGAAAAUGUGUUUGUGUCUGGUCAUGUGUAUGGUAACCAAGCAUUAAACACUGCUGAUUCAAGACAUGUCCGGUUGGCUCUCGGAUCCCAAAUCGCAGCAGAAUUGCGAACAGCAAUAUUCAACAGGGUAGGCCUCACAGGAGCUGCAGGAAUUGCACCCAAUAAAUUAUUGGCCAAACUGGUAUCAGGAACAUUCAAACCGAACCAACAAACGACAUUGCUUCCAGAAAGCAUUCAAGACUGCAUGGGAAGCCUCGUGCAUCCCGUACAAGUGCCUGGGAUUGGUCCUAAAACUGCCAGGCGGCUUGAGUAUCUCGGAAUUAACAGUAUUCAUGGGCUGCAGACAUUCCCUUUGAAUGUGCUGGAAAAGUACCUGGGAGUAUACACCGCUCAACGAAUCCACAAGCUCAGCUUUGGUGAGGAUGACUCCUGUGUGGUUCCUACAGGACCACCCCAGUCCAUCAGUGACGAAGAUACCUUCGAGAAGUGCUCCUCAUUAGUUAAAAUUAAAAUGAAAAUUGAAGAGCUGCUGAUCAGUCUUCUAAUCAGGUUACACAAUGUUGGACGUGUACCACGGACCAUUCGGCUCACAAUUAGACGAUCUUCAGCUUCUAACAAAUGGUUCAAUCGGGAGAGUCGGCAAUGUCCUGUUCCAAAUCAACUGAUGCAGAAACUUCACACAGGUCCCUGUGACACUGUGGUUCCACUGGUUGAAAUUCUAAUGAAGUUGUUUGAAAAGAUGGUAGACACAAGGUCUCUGUUUUAUGUAAGCCUUCUGAGCGUGUGCUUUGCCAAGCUUGUUCAGCCCACUUUGUCUUCCCCGAUCAAGGGAUCAAUAGGGUUCUAUAUGACCCAGAAAUCCCCGGGAAAAUCAGACUUGAGCCACAAUGGGAAAGCACGUAGACAGCUACUGAGACAGUGGAGAGGUUCUGAUGAUGCUGAUUCAGGAGAAAAUACUACAGGUCCCAUGGAAAGUCACCGAGAAUCUAUAUGUGGAAUUGCAGACCAUGUUGCUGAUAAUCACUCAAGCCUGACAUGCUCAGACUCUGCCCUACCACCUGGGAUUGAUGUUGAUGUAUUUAAAGAACUCCCAGCUAAUAUUCAGAAAGAAAUUAUUGCAGAUGCCAGCCCUUCCAAAAGUCAGCUGAAAUGCAAAAGUAAGACUGAGCAGUCUACAGGGAAAGAAAUGAGAAAAGGCACCUUCCUGUUCAGGUCACUAACAGAAGAACAGAGGAAACUUCUGGUACCACCAGACACUGACUGUAGUCCUAUCAUUUCCAGUUCAGAUACACCUCUUUUAGAUUUUCACAGCAGUCUACCAGAUAAUCCCGAUCCUCAGCCAGAGCAGCAUGCUGUUAAUGACAGUGGAGCCUCUGUGCAAGACUGCCAACCAUCUGGUGAAACCUUGGAAUUGGGUAAUGCGGAAUGUGAGAGGCUCACGCUUCGGAACUCGGGACCCAUCCCCACUAAUGUGGAUCCAAAGGUGUUUUCUGAGCUGCCCAGUGAGCUUCAGAACGAACUGCUGACAGACUGGAAACAACAGAAGACAGUGCCAAAGAGAAAUGUUGCCAAACAGGCCAGCAAAGUAAGACCCAAUACAGGAGCUAGACUCCCCAAAAAGUCUACCAAGUCCAACAGUAUCCUGAAGUAUUUUAACAAGAAUUAAGAUUGCAGCGUUACUGAAAGUUGAUGCCUGAUGCCACAAACAGGAUUAACUUCUAACAAAACUGUAAGGGGCAGAAAUGACAGCACUGGUGCUGGAAUUUCACACAAACCACAAGAAUCACUGAUGUGGUGAAAGGAAAUUCCCAUGUGUGCGCAACAGGGUAAAUUCUUCUGAUGUUUGAUGCAAGGGAUUUUAGUUUAAAGAGUAAAGAGACUUUUUUCCCCUUUAUGUAAUUGAUAUCUGAUCCUGGAGUACUUGAUGCAGACACGAUAUUCUACAAAUGAUGAAGUGUUCAAACCUGAAUUAUAUAAGUAUUUUCUUUUCUUUUUGUUUGUGUGACUUUUCUCCUUUUCCCACAUAGUCUCACUUCAUCAGUUACUGCAUUCCAGUAGAGAAAAGAGAGAAGCAGCUAGUCCCAAGUAUUACCAAAGCUACUGUAGUUUGAGCUCACCCUAGCCUGACCACAUGUUUUGGAAUGCUUUCCUAAUAAUUCAAAGGGAUGGCAAAUGUUUCCUGACACAAUGCAAAUACUCCCCAACUCUAGAUUUGUGUUCUCAAAGCCUGGGAGAAAGUGACUACUAAAAGGAGCAACUGAAGAACGUGCUUGUCGUAUGAGAAAGAUCAGGACUUUCGUCUCAAAAACAAAGUUGCUUCUUGAUGCACUUACCUGCACUCCUACAUUAAGGUGGAACAGCAUGACUGAAAGCAAUGUUUUUAAAAUCAGUGUACCCAGGCAUGUGUUAGGUUAAGCUUUGAUGGUACCUUUCUCAUAAAAACGUCUGAUCUGUACCAGAGUGUGCAAUUUGCAUUUGUAUUGUUUUGCAUUGCUACUUAGCUGCUUCCAUCUGCUUCUGUAAAAGUGUAUUGUGUUACUGUAUU